AUGGAGAGGCAGAGCGAUACAGAUUUGAAUGAACGUCGGGAUCUCUUCUCCUUUAUACGCCAUACUAUGAAGGUCGCGGCCAUGUAUCCUUUGGGCUUUGAUCGGAGCAGCGAAGCCGGACUUUUAGCGAUCCUUUUCCGCAUUAUCGACUAUAUGUACGAAGUGUUUUGCUACUUUGUAUCGGUACAUUUAGCUUUUUUAUAUGUCUGUACCGUUGUCAUUUAUUUCGGACACGGCGAUCUGGAAUUUUUGGUCAAUUGUCUGAUACAAACCAUAAUCUAUUUUUGGACCAUAGCUAUGAAGGUCUACUUUCGGCGCAUCAGACCAAGACUCUUAAACGAGACAUUGGACUUCAUUAACAAUAACUAUCAGACACGCUCAGAAAUUGGCUUUACUUAUGUAACCAUGGCUGGCGCCUUCAGGCAAUCGAACCUGUGGAUUAAAAGUUAUGUAUAUUUAUGCUAUUUGGGCACAGUAUUUUGGCUUCUACUGCCCAUUGUAUACAGAGAUCAUAGUUUGCCCUUGGCCUGCUGGUAUCCAUUUGAUUUUCGGCAACCCAUUGUCUAUGAAGUUGUUUACUUUCUGCAAUCCGUGGGCCAAAUACAGGUAGCCGCUGCCUUUGCCUCAUCUAGUGGGUUCCAUAUGGUGCUGGCUAUACAGAUAUCCGGACAAUAUGACAUACUCUACUGUAGUUUAAAGAAUGUUCUUGCCACCACCUAUGCAGAAAUGGGGGCUACCAUGGCACAGUUGAGCACCCUGGAAGAAGCACAGUCUGUUACAAAUACCGAGAGCAAUCAAUAUGCCUACGCUGUGGAGCAACAUAUGCCUCUAGAAGAAUUGGUUCGCCUGGGAACCAAUCGAUUUCAUAAUUUCCGCACUGCUUUCAAGUACAGCUUCAAGAGGUGUUUACAACAACAUCGCUAUAUAAUUGCGACACUGCAGAAAAUGGAACUGUUUUAUAGCCCGAUUUGGUUCUUCAAAAUCUUCGAAGUGACAUUACUCAUGUGCCUCGUGGCUUUUGUUUCGGUUAAGAGCACCACAGCUAAUUCUCUAAUGAGGAUGGUUUCCUUGGGGCAAUACCUAUUCCUGGUUCUUUACGAGCUCUUCAUUAUCUGCUACUUUGCGGAGCUUCUCUACCAGAAUAGCCAACGCUGUGGCGAUGCCUUGUGGCGCAGUCCUUGGCAUUUACAUUUGCUAGAUGUGCGAAGUGAUUAUCUCUUUUUCCUGCUUAAUGCCAGACAACAUUUUCAAUUGACCGCCGGCAAGAUGUAUUUCCUGAAUGUCGAACGCUUUAGAGGUACCAUCACUAUGGCCUUCUCAUUUCUAACAGUGCUGCAGAAAUUGGAUGCGAGGAGCCCCUAA